AUGUCCCAUUCUGGCGGUCCUGAGCUUCGUGGCUCCAACAUUACUCUUGCCAAGAUUAUGGCUGAUACCAAUGUGAAAGAUCGUCAAACAAAGAUUAUCUGUACCAUGGGUCCUUCCUGUUGGGAUGUCCCCAAAUUGGAAGAAUUGAUCGAUGCUGGUAUGAGUGUGGCUCGAUUCAACUUUUCUCACGGUGACCACGAAGGACACAAGGCAUGCUUGGAUCGAGUCCGUACCGCUGCCAAGAACAAGGGAGCUCAUGUUGCUAUCUUGUUGGAUACCAAGGGACCCGAAAUCCGUUCUGGUUUCUUUGCCAAUGACGCCAAGAAAAUCAACUUGGUCAAGGGAGAAACCCUCAUCUUGACCACCGACUACGAGUUCAAGGGCGACAAGACCAAGUUGGCAUGCAGCUACGGGGCAUUGCCCACUUCUGUCAAGGUCGGACAACAAAUUCUCGUGGCCGAUGGUUCUCUUGUUCUCACAGUUUUGGAACUCAACGAGGCUGCCGGGGAAGUUAGUUGCCGCAUUGAAAACAAUGCCGCCAUUGGAGAACGUAAAAACAUGAACUUGCCCGGUGUCAGUGUCGAUUUGCCCGUUCUCAUGGAAAAGGAUAUUCACGAUAUCAAGGACUGGGGUAUCAAGAAUGGUGCCGAUUUCAUCGCCGCUUCCUUUGUCCAAAAGGCUUCCGAUGUCAUCAAGAUUCGUGAGGUCCUUGGUGAAGAAGGAAAGGCAAUCAAGAUUAUCUGCAAGAUUGAAAACUUGGAGGGUCUCGAGAAUUACGACGCCAUUUUGGAUGUCACCGAUGGAAUCAUGGUCGCCCGUGGUGACUUGGGUAUGGAAAUCCCUCCCGAAAAGGUCUUCUUGGCCCAAAAGAUGAUGAUCCGAAAGGCCAACAUUGCCGGAAAGCCUGUCGUCACUGCCACACAAAUGUUGGAAUCCAUGACCACCAACCCCCGACCUACUCGUGCCGAAUGUUCCGAUGUUGCCAACGCUGUCUUGGAUGGAACUGACUGUGUCAUGCUUUCGGGAGAAACCGCCGGAGGAGAGCACCCCACCGCUGCCGUCAAGAUCAUGGCAGAGACUUGCUGUGAGGCCGAAUCCGCUGUCAACUUCAACAGUCUCUACCAGGCUGUCCGAAACUCCACCUUGGCUCGUUACGGUCACCUGAGCACAUCCGAGUCCAUUGCUUCUUCGGCUGUCAAGACUGCCAUUGAUGUCAACGCCAAGGCCAUUAUCGUCUGCUCCGAAUCCGGUGCCACCGCCUCCCAGGUCGCCAAGUUCCGUCCUGGACGUCCCAUUACUGUCUUGACCACAUCCGAGCAAGUGGCCCGUCAAACACAUGGUGUCUUGAAGGGAUGCAAGGCCAUGGUCUUGCCAUCGUUGGAUUCCACUGACGCCGUCAUCACCGAUGUCAUUUCUGGUUUCACCAAGGAAGGAAUCGCCACCGAGGGAGAGCCCGUUGUUGUUGUGCACGGAUCAUCUGCUCGUGUCGGUGCCACCAACAUUAUGCGCAUCCAAUACGCUUAA